AUGUGUGAAACAAAUCAAACAAUGAAACCGAAGUUACGGCCUUUGGCUGUUAACCGGAAUUGUCUAACACGCUCCGAAUACACGGAAAUGCUUUCCACGCCCAAAGGGUACACGUGGAAAGGGAGACGAAAUUUGAAGUCCAUUAUGAAAAGAUGCAAGAAAAUGCCACAAAAUGACCGCCUUCGUCCUAAAAAUAGCACUCAUACGAUGUGGCAACAGUGAGUACCUAUCUACCUAUUUACCUAUCUAACUUGAUCUAAACUGCCUAUCUGAAUCAUACUUAUCCAUUAUAAUAGAUAAGGGUAUACAAGUUAUCUGGGUACACGAUAAUCCGAUAUUGAAACAUUUGUUUAUAGUUUUGUACAACAAUUCCUACAAAAUUCAGGAGACAGUUUGACAACAGCUAUGAAGACAAUAUUGGAGAAGAUAUUAAAUUCAAAAAUAAAUUUUUCUGACCAGUAAAUAUAAAUAAAUAAUACAUUUCAUUGCAGUUGACUUCGUUUUACAUUUAAUAACUUGCAGGGAAUGGUCCAAUUAUCCAAACACGCAAAUAGAGUUAUGUAAAUUUUUACGAAAUUUAAAUCCUGACUGUAGUUCAAGUAAAUGGAAACAAGAUUUUUUAAAAACAUUAUCGUCAUUGAUAUUCAAUUACAUCGUUCAAGUCCAAUGCAGCAAUCAGUUAUCGAAGAAUAGAAAACUGACACGUUUGAUUUUAAAGAAAAUUAAUAAUAUAACUCAGGCACAUUUGUUACCAAAUUCUACGGACGAUUUUUUACAAGAGGUUCAAAUAUUCAUUGCUAAUAUGCUGUCUCCGUGGUUCAAUAAGCCUUUAACUGAUAGUUGUCAAUACGCUAAUAAUGAUUUACAGAUUGAUACGAGUGAAAUAAAGCAAAAAAUCGGAGAAAGUAAGUCAAAACUUAAUGGAUCUUUAAAUGAUGAAAUGAAAAAUGCGAAAAAAAGAAAAACAAUCAAAAAAUCCAAAGAUAAUGAAAACAAAUCUAAUAACUCGAUUGACCGUUUAGUAGGUUUAAAAAAUAUGGGAGUGAAUGGCAAACCGAAAAAUGUUAAAAAGAAGAAUCAAAUUGAGAAAAACGAUGGAAAAUCAACGAGAAAUGAAGGUCAAAAAAUCAAAAAAAAGAUAAAAACGUUGCAUAAAAAUGAUAAUGACUUAUUAUCUACGAAUGUAAACAGUACAAAUACCCAGUACAAACAGGAAAUAACAGCGGUGGCAGAUUUAUCCAAACAUAAUUCAAUAAUUGCAGAAAUAAACAGUAGGGCAGUAAAUGACACACAAAACGAGACUAUAUUGCCGAAAGAAGAAAAAAUAGAAGAACAAAUAACUGAUCAACGUCGAAAUACCGAUAUUAUUACAACAUCGCGUGACACAUUACAAGAUAAUCUCACCGAUAAAUCUAAUAAUGAAACAGCGAAUGUAAGUAAUGUAAGUAAUGUAAGUGAUGCAAAUAAAGAAUCUGACGAAGGAGUGACGGCUAAGUCCGAUUUUUCAAGUAGAAAAUCAAUAAUCUCUAAUCAUAGCAACACUCCAAGUACAGAAACGAACGGUAGGACAGAAUAUGAAAAAGGAAAUGAGGUAAUAUCUUCAAAUAUAGAAGAAAUUAAUAUUUCGUAUAACAAAGAUCAACAAAAUACCAGUGCGAUUAUAACAUCCCGCGAUUUAUUAAACAAAAGUAGUAUCAAUCAUGACAAACUCGACCAGGAAAUGGUGAUAGAGACAAAUUACUCGAAUCAAAAUUCUAAAAUCAAAACACCAACCACAGAAUCGAAAGAAAAAGAAGUCGACAAGAACUCUGUAUCUUUACUAAUUUCGACCAAUGAUGCAAUCAAACGUAAUUCAUUUAUUAUUUUAAUAAUUGCAUUUCAAUAAUCGCUUUUUUGAAAAUUUGUUGAAAAUAGUACUGUUUGUUUGGCUUGCAAUAGAUACAGUGUUGAGCGAAAUAAAAACUUGUAUGAGUAGAAUCAUGGGGUACCGUGGUGAUCACGCGGGAGCUACAAAAUCAAUGUGUACCGAAUCGGGCAAAUCAAGACAUGGGUACGAAAAAGUCUGCUAUCAAAAAUUCGCGAAAAAUGUACGUAUGAUAUUUUGCAACAUUAUUUUACUAUAGUACCGAUUAGAUAAUAUUUUCUAGAUUUUGUGCUUAUACCAAUUUUUUUUUCCUGUAUCAACAAUACGUUUUUCUAAAUAGUUAAUUUUUUCGUAGAGUGAGCUAAUGAUGUUCAUUAUUAAUAGUCCAAGAUGCAUUUUCAAAAUUAAAGCCAAUUGUUUAUAGUAACCAUAUUUUUUAACGUUACCUGUGUGGCACCUAUGCGAAUUUUUAAAAUAUAUUUUCUUCGUAAAAAAUUUGAUAUUUUUAUCUUUUUUUUUUUGAAAACCUAAAAUAAGAACUCUCUGUAUUUUACAUGAAUAAUUUAUUUCUGCCACAGAUAUCAAAGGCUUCUGAAACUAGAAACGGAGUCUGUUCGAAAUGCAAUAAAAAUCCAGGCAUUAGGUAUCACCUUCUCAAAAGAGAGGACAGCAAUUACAGUGUACAUAAGACGAUAUUGCCCAUUUCGGAAAAUGCGGAUCCUACGCUUAACGCAAAUCCAACAGAAAUGACCAAAUCGUUAUCUUUGAAAUCAAAAAAAGCGAAUAAAUGCAAUUACGUUUAUUACUGCCAAAAUAAACGGACGUAA